AUAACACUGGUUUAGCAGGCGGCGAGGUCGCCAGAGGCAGAUAUUUGGGCAACACGGAUGCCCAUAGGUUUUUAAUCAACAUCGACAGCUGAUUGAUCAGCCUCUCUGAUCAAUAUAAGGGCCAGUAUGCCACCAGUUCAACAUAGAAGAAAAAGGUUUUCUGUCUUCAUUACGGAGAGGAAGCAGGGGCUCUCACUCACCGCUGAAGGCUGAACGAGCCAGUAAAGAGAUAUCUGUUAGCCAGUAGCUCAUCGGGCCAACCACUGACAGUUUCUGAGGAGGGCAAACAAUGCCAACAUAUGGCGUGUGAUGGGGGCAGAGUUGGGGCGACUUGAUACCACUGAUCGGUAAUCGGAACCCUUACAGAACAGUCAGUGGAUUGUAUGGCUACAGUGGCCACAAGAGACGUCAAUGGCCAAUGAUUUCUGACCCAAUACGACGAAUCCGGAUCUACACUGGCCCUGCGGAUGUUGCCACUAACGACACACAAUAGCACUCUCGUGUCCAAAUCGCAAAAAUGGGUGGAAUUACAAAGCAUGGUUGCCAGAGAGGGAGAAUAUUUUACCCGCCUCUUUUAUAGACAUCGUUUGGACUGAAAAGCCCUGUGUCCUUAGAAGUUGUGAUAGACAAGAGAACAGAUUGAUGAUGUUAUAGACGGAUGUGUUGCUGUUGGCGGUGAGCACACACGGAGGAUGGUAUAGACGGAUGUCUUGCUGUUGGCGGUGAGAACACACGGAGGAUGGGAUAGACGGGUGUCUUGCUGUUGGCGGUGAGCACACACGGAGGAUGGUAUAGACGGAAGUCUUGCUGUUGGCGGUGAGCACACACGGAGGGUGGUAUAGACGGAUGUCUUGCUGUUGGCGGUGAGCACACACGGAGGGUGGUAUAGACGGAUGUCUUGCUGUUGGCGGUGAGCACACACGGAGGGUGGUAUAGACGGAUGUCUUGCUGUUGGCGGUGAGCACACACGGAGGAUGGUAUAGAUCUCAGUCCCCAAUAGCAAGUUAUUAUGUGUCUGUAAGUACUCAUACCAAAGUGAUGAAGGAAAUGUCCCGGAUAUAAAGGGAGGCUGCUGACAAUAGCCCAUCCUAGGUAUGGGUUACAACGUAUCUAAAUCAGACGUCGAAUAAAGACAGUAGAGAUAUAUAUCCACAGUUCCAAGAACUCGAACCGGAAACAUGUCACAGCCACUGUGUGGCCCGGAUGUAGACCUAAUACCAUGAGCUGGAAGUUCUACGACAGUAGGACAACGUGUAAGAUGGUGGUAAUGAGGGUACUCCCCGCAGGGUUAUUCUAUGAGGAGGAGGAGGCGGAUGCAUGAGAGACAAGCGCCACCCCGUGUCAACAUGCUGUGAGGAGUUGUUACCAGCAUCGCAUGUGCAACAUCUCGUGCAGGGUGUUUAUGUCACACAGAACCGCUAAUACAAGCACCUGCAACCUGUGCUAAUUCAUCACUCUCACAGCAGAUAGCCAGCGACUCCACUGAACAGGCUUGUUAGCGCAUGGUCCAGUGUGAGCAACGUGCAAUGUAUUGAACAAUAGAGCCGCUAAGUUGAUUUCACACCCGACUCCAAUAUUUACAGAAAGAAAGCUGUAAAGGGCCAUUAGAUCUAUAAUGCUCCAGAGUAUGUGUACAUGAGUGGCUCGCUCUGCCGCAGGGUUUCCGAGUGUUAAUAGGUACAGCUAAAAGCGUUUGGUCCACAGUUUUCACGAAAGUUUCCGAGGUUUAGAACAGCGGUAUUCACAAUGACGGACGCUGAACAGAGGAAUCGCGUGGUUCUGCUGGGAGCGGGUGGUGUGGGGAAAAGCUCUAUCUUAAAGAGAUUCCUCUUCAAUACAUUCACAGAGGAAUACAAGGAAACGGUGGAGGACCUCUACUGCCGAGAGUACGACCUUCACGGAACCAGCAUCAAAGUCGACUUCUUGGAUACCGCUGGAAAUUUCGCCUUCCCAGCCAUGCGCAAGCUGUCAAUGUCCACAGCUCAUGGCUUCAUCCUCGUCUACUCCAUCACGAGCCAGGCUUCGUUUGACGAGCUCAAGAAGCUGUGGGAACAGAUCAAAGAGGAGCGCACCAACUUCCAGGAUAUCCCCAUCGCCAUUGUGGGUAACAAGGUCGAUAUGGAGAACGACAGACAGAUCGAGAAAUUUGACACGUUGAACUGGAUCUACAGUGAGGGUUUUUGUGGGGGGUUUGUUGAAGUUUCUGCAAAAGAAGAUGAAAGCAUUUCUGAUAUUUUCAGAAUUCUUCUUGAUCAGUCACGAGGUGGCGUCCACCGCCAUUUUGAACCAAUCGCCAACCGCCGAGUGAGCACAAAUUCCCUUGACGAGACUGAGACGGAAAAGGCCGAAGAAUGGGAUAGCGAUGCAAAAAAGUUCAACCGUAGUCGAAGUCUCAUCCGUCGUGGUAGCAAGCCCCGGAUGAAAAGGUCACCGCGCCAUCACGGCAAAAAUGACUGUGUUCUUUCUUGAUUUGGGAGACAGACUGGUUACAGCAGUGUGAUACGAUAAAUAUGUGUGCUCAACUUCAAGUUGUGACUCGCAAAAUUCGUCAUAAGAUUCCCGUCUGGAUACUUGGAGAAAAUGUGUGUUAAGCUUGAAACUGACCAGUAUCACCAUAGCAACAGAGACAUAUUAACAGGCAAGACGUGUAAUGUAUUACAAAGCUCAACUCUAUUCAAUGCAUAUGUGUUUUGCUAACCUUGUGGUCUUAUGAAAAUAUAUCGGUCGUUAAACUCCCAGUUGACUGCACCAUGUGGAACAGACAAUGUGUUGAAAUUAUGUAUAACAUUUUGCUCAAACACCACGUCUGUGGUAAACUCCCCCCCCCUCCCUCCGGGGGUGGCCGUAUGUAUGUUUGCCGUCAUUGUGUUGUGUCCAUAACAUGUGAUAUUAUUAUGCGGGCAUUGGGAACUCCUUCGUCUGCCUUUGUUACCGCGGAGCUACUCUUAUCGUGAUUGAUCUGGUCCAGGAAACGGACUUCACCGAGCAUUUCCGAGUGAAAUUCUACUCAUAUUUCCUUUUCAGUCAAGUGAUAUUACUGUAGCUUCGUUAUAUUUGCCUACUCUCCUCAGUCCGUUUGUUCUUGUAGCAUAUAGAAAUAACACCAUGUGCAGCUUUUAGUAGAUAUACUGUACAAGCAACAUGCUAGUUGAAUAUGUUUGUAUGAUAUAUAAACAGUAUGAACUAGUGCUGUGAAUAUGGAAAUAUUUACUGUCAUUACAUCCGGGGCUUGUGUCCUCUACUCAUCUUAGUAGCAAUGAGAACUAGUAGAACUGGCUCCCUAGACUUUGGUGAGUCCGCACUGAGUACUGUGUUAGUACUGGCUCCAAGACUUGGUGAGUCCGCACUGAGUACUUGUAGUACUGGCUCCAUGACUUGGUGAGUCCUCACUGAGUACCGUGAUAGUACUGGCUCCAAUACUUGGUGAGUCCGCACUGAGUACUGUGUUAGUACCGGCUCCAAGACUUGGUGAGUCCGAAACUGAGUACUGUGUUAGUAUUGGCUCCAUGACUUGGUGAGUCCGCACUUAGUACUGUGUUAGUACUGGCUCCAAGACUUGGUGAGUCCUCACUGAGUACUGUGUUAGUACUGGCUCUAAGACUUGGUGAGUCCGCACUGAGUACUGUGUUAGUACUGGCUCCAAGACUUGGUGAGUCCUCACGGAGUACUGUUUUAGUACUGGCUCCAUGACUUGGUGAGUCCGCACUGAGGCUGGACAGCUGUCACCUCAUCAACAUGCCGGACAAGGACUUGGGCAAAUAACUGAUUGUCGGUCACUGUAUGUGAGUUCUAUGCACACUACUUAGGCACUAUUUAGUAUUUGAUGGGAUCAAAUGUAUUGAUGAUGCACCGGAUCACAAGCUAUGGAUAAUGAGGCCUUUUAAAAAGCCUGUGCAUACUUACGCAGGUUUCUUUUUCUCAAUUCUCAUUAUUUCCUUCUGUUCAGUCAAGUAUCAUCUGGCGCCGUUUACAUGCAGUUGAUAUCUGUCGCAGGCAUCUUUAUCGCAGUAAACACACAAGACCGGUAUAGACUGGUAAUAUAACCAGUAGAGUUGAUACGUGACGCUUACACUUCAACAUGUGAUACUACACUGGAUCUGUGACAAAAUGUUGGAGAAGCUAACGUCAAUAAAUGAGAAUUACAUAGGAAAAAGAACUCUUACAUUUAUUGAGAGACAGAUGCAAUUUAUUUGUAAACACUACUGAAUGUAUGUCAUGUGAUGUUAUCCCACCAGUUUACAGGUGCAGUCUAUGUCACAGCUACAAGUCUUGUCUACAGGAUUCCAGAUUGAAGCAUUUUGACACAUAGUAGCCUGUAAAAGACGUGUCUAUGACUCAACUAGGCCUGUGACGAAUGUGUCUAUGACUCAUCUAUGCCCGUGACGAAUGUGUCUAUGCUCAGUUAGUUCCAGGACAGAUGUGUCUAUGCUCAGUUAGUUCCAGGACAGAUGUGUCUAUGUCAAGUUAUAUGCAUUUAGCUCCGUCUCCCAUCUUAACGCACAUUGUCUGACCUUUGACCUGUGAGAGUCGGGAAGUUAGGCCCAGGUAUAUGCAAUUGCUGUCUCACUCUUAUGUUCUACUUCCCAUAGCUCCAUGUCAAUGAUGGUGUUGUCUCACUCUUAUGUUCUACUUCCCAUAGCUCCAUGUCAAUGAUGGUGUUGUCUCACGCUUAUGUUCUACUUCCAAUAGCUCCAUGUCAAUGAUGGUGUUGUCUCACGCUUAUGUUCUACUUCCCAUAGCUCCAUGUCAAUGAUGGUGUUGUCUCACUCUUAUGUUCUACUUCCCAUAGCUCCAUGUCAAUGAUGGUGUUGUCUCACGCUUAUGUUCUACUUCCCAUAGCUCCAUGUCAAUGAUGGUGUUGUCUCACGCUUAUGUUCUACUUCCCAUAGCUCCAUGUCAAUGAUGGUGUUGUCUCACUCUUAUGUUCUACUUCCAAAAGCCACAUGUCAAUGAUGGUGUUGUCUCACGCUUAUGUUCUACUUCCCAUAGCUCCAUGUCAAUGAUGGUGUUGUCUCACGCUUAUGUUCUACUUCCCAUAGCUCCAUGUCAAUGAUGGUGUUGUCUCACGCUUAUGUUCUACUUCCCAUAGCUCCAUGUCAAUGAUGGUGUUGUCUCACUCUUAUGUUCUACUUCCCAUAGCUCCAUGUCAAUGAUGGUGUUGUCUCACUCUUAUGUUCUACUUCCCAUAGCUCCAUGUCAAUGAUGGUGUUGUCUCACUCUUAUGUUCUACUUCCCAUAGCUCCAUGUCAAUGAUGGUGUUGUCUCACGCUUAUGUUCUACUUCCCAUAGCUCCAUGUCAAUGAUGGUGUUGUCUCACGCUUAUGUUCUACUUCCCAUAGCUCCAUGUCAAUGAUGGUGUUGUCUCACUCUUAUGUUCUACUUCC